CAUAACAGUGGUUACAGGCUGGCCCGAUACUGAAGACAACAGCGCUUUGGCUAACCUUAUGCGCUUUAUUAUUUACAUAAUCUGGUGGAUUUUUAUGAUUAGGGUAACGGCUGCCAUCACGGUAAUUAUUAUGAUAACAAUAUCUCUCAGUCACCAGUACAAAAACUUACAAAGUUACUUCUACAGUCUCAAUGAGAUAUUUCAAGAUAGUUGUGAUGAAAAUGACCUAACUGAAAAAGAGGAUAAAUAUGUCGAAGCCCUUAAAGUGGGUAUUAAGUUGCACUCAGAUACGUUAUGGUGUACAAAACAAUGUCAAGUGACAUGCAGCUCAGUUAUCAGUGGGCAAAUACUUAUAACCGUGUCCGUUUUGUGUCUUCUGAUGUUACAAAUGGUGAACUCGGAACGUACGCUUACGAACGUUUUGACAAUCAUCACUACCAGCUCAGCUGUUCUGACCAGUAGUGGCUUUGUUAUGUGGAACGCUGGUGACAUCACCAUAGAAGCAGCUCUUGUCCCAACUGCAAUGUUUUCUUCCGGUUGGCAGCACUGCCGAGGCUCCACAUCCGAAAGAGUUAGGAAGUUGCUGUUCGUGGCAAUGACCCAGGGACAAAAGCACAUUUUUUUACGGAGUUUUGGAGUUGUUGAGAUAUCAUAUACGUCAUAUGUGUCGAUCAUGAAAUCGUCGUAUUCAGCCUUUUCUUUCCUUUAUUAA